CGGAAUUUCUUUUAGAAUUAGAAGAAAGACGUGUCCCUAAAAAAAUUUGUGAAAAUGCAGAAACAAGGUGACUCAACAGGCAAUGCGAGAGAAGCGGAAUUGCUCCCAAUUGACAUCUAUUACAACAAACUUUUGGAUUGGCUUUUGGACAGGAGACACUGUGACGUGAAAUGGCAGACAAGUGUUUUGGAGGUCAGAGAGAAAAUUAAUGCAGCCAUUCAAGAUAUGCCGCCUGUGGAUGAAAUCACACAGCUUCUCUCUGGAACAUAUAUAAACUAUUUCCAUUGUAUCAGGAUUGUAGAAUUACUCAAAAUAUCAGAAUCAGCGACCAAAAACAUUUUUGGUGGUUAUUCAUCCAAGAGGAUGAAGGACUGGCAAGAAAUUGUGAAGCUGUAUGAAAAAAGUAACAUCAACUUAGCUGAAGCUGCCCAUCUUUUAAUCAGGAAUGUUAACUAUGAGAUUCCAUCAUUAAAGCGACAAAUAGCAAAGUGUCAGCAGAUGCAAAGGGAGUGCACGAGGAAGGAGAGUGAAUAUUCAUCCAAUGCAGCAUUGUUUAAAGAAAAGUAUCAAAGUGUGUGCAAACAAAUGGGUAUAAAGGGAGAUGAUGUGAAAACAGAAUUAAUGAGUCUGCUGAAUGAAUUGCCUGAAUUAUACAAAGGGAUUGUGUCUUCCAUUAGCAAUUUAAAGAAUGCAAUUCUUUAUUAUGAGGCAUUUGUUAACUUUUUAGUUCCAAGGUAUAACAAUGAGAAAGAGAGUACUGAGGUAACUACACCACUUAUAAGAUAUGUUCAACAACAUGGUAACAGCACAGUUUAUCAGUGGAGGACUGGCAAGAUACCAUCGGUCAUUAUACUGGACAAGAGAUCAGAGACAACAAAUAAAGAAAAUGAAGAAAGUGGAGAUAUUGACUGGGGUAUUGAAACAGUUACCACCACCAAUACUGGUGCAGAUAAUAUUGAUUGGGGGGAGGGUGGUGAGGCAGAUGCAGGGGGGAUAGACUGGGGAGACAGUGGUGAGACUAUUGACUGGGGUGAAGCAGGGCAGGACAAUCAGGACAGUGCUAUUGAUUGGGGAGAUGAUGCUGGUACUGCUGACCAUGAACUGACGGUGGAUAGUGGUGGAAUUACAUUGGAAGAAUCUGGUCAAGAUGAAGAAGCGAUAAGAGGUGAAGACGCCGAGACUUUAAUGGAUACAACUCAAACAAGAAAUCUCUUGAUUGAUGAGCUUCUAGAGCUUCAGGGUUUCUUGCGCCAGAGACUGAUAGAGAUGAAGAGUGAUUCUGAUGUCCUGUCAGCCAAUCAGUUUCAGUCUGCUCCUCAGCUAAUUCAGAUGCAGUCAGUGGAAUCAGUACAAUCUAUGGAGUCUGCUGUAACGGAUGUUCUGUCCACCCUCACUUCAAUGAAGAUGCACAAUUUGUUUUUACUCAAAACUUCUCCUCGGUACUUGGACCGCUUAGCAGAUUCCCUUCAGCAAAAACUUAAAGUCUCAGAGAAAUUAGCAACAUCCAUUAAAGUAAUGGCUGACAAACGACAGGCAGCCAUCAUAGACCAAAGAGACUUGGAACCCAAACUUGAAAUUAUCAGAACAAAAACAAAAGAACUACAAGGACAGAUUUCCCAAGAAAUCUCCAAGAAAUACAAGGACAGGCCGGUGAAUAUUAUGGGUGAAAUAAACACUAUCUAAAAACAGACUAUUUAUUUCAUUUGUACUGUGUUUAGAUUUAAGAUAAAUUAAAAAACGCUAAAAUGAUUUUGUCAUUCAUUAUGUUAAGUUCUCCUUAUUCAACAUAAUGUACCUCAGAGAAUGAGUUUUUUAACUCUACAAUGGUAGGGCAAAUGCCCCAUGUAUUAAUUCUUGAACAAAUAAAAACGUAGAGCAUAUAA